UACAUCUGUUUGUUGUUUCAAUAUCGAUUGUAUUACUGCACGUUCAAUGUGAAUUUAUUCGGUGAAAUAUUGUGCGUUCAAGUUGUGAAGAAACUGAACAGACAUCUUAUUCAUGUGUUUUUGAUUGAUUGUUAAGUGACUGAUUUGAGGUUGUUUAUUUUUUCGUACGUUGGAGCAGGAAGGGUUGCAAUGUUACCUCCUAACAGAAGAAAAUUAGAGUUAAUCUGUUUUCUAUUCAUAUCAAUAAUGGUGGCUAAAGCCUACAGCAAAGAAGAAGUAAAAUCCAGACAGAAGAGAAUUUUGUGGGUUACAGCAGAUGGGAGGUUGGCACUUCCACCCGGAACGACAUUGGUCAUAUCACCUUCGUUAUCGUUACCCUUUGUUAGAUACCCACCAGAUGGCUUUUUUUCCAAUCUUACAAUAAGUUUACCAUUCACAAUUGAUUUCAAUAAGCUCGGAUUGACGGACAAUGAAAACCCGUAUGGAGUUCUACCACCACUUCUGGCAAGAUCCAUGGGCAGAGCCGCAGGAGGAUUUCUCGCCGACUACAUCGGCAAUCUUCUGGAACACAAAAGAAGCAAACGAUCCAAACCGUUGGUGAAAGACCCCGUGACGGAGGAUGCCUUUCACGGAGGCGAAAGAGCUUUGCUCUACAUUGCCGUGGAGGAAAUGCUGGACAAUUUCGGAAUGGAUGGGAAGGCAUGUUUAUUAAGGGCCAUUUGUGAGGUACAUGCGCAUCCAUUAAAAAAUUUUGGACUCGUCGGAGAAGUUCUUAAAUUAUUCUUUACUGCGAGCAAAUCUACAUAUGCACAUAUGCUCAAAGAAUAUGUAGAAGCAGAAAAUGCAGGAAGUGGGAAGUUUGGUGGUCCAUCGGAAUGCUGGCCUUACAUGAAAGAUUGUCCAAAAUCCCUCUUUUUACAAAAGCAUAAUAAAUACAGUGAGGAUGCUUUAAAUAAUGAAAUUAGCCAAAGUGAGAACGGCUAUGAACAUGCCUCAGAAGUUACCUACGACCCAACCGUAAGAAACAUGUAGUGACUGGACAAUUACGAAUAAAAUAAAGUGAUAAAAAAACGGGUGUGAUUUGAACU